AUGAUUGCACAGAAAUCAAACAUUCAGAAUGACGCACAAUCGAUUGCCAGCGAUGUAGUUUUGCUACUGGUACGAAUAACAUUGUGCAUUUUAGUGGAUAAUCAGGCCUCAAAUCCUAUUGAUAUCGUCGCCUCUGUAUUGAAGCUCUGCUUAAAAUCUAAAAAUGUUGCCUUUUUUCUAUCGAAAUUCGUUGCAGACUUGGAGCAAGAGGAUGCAUUUGCUUCGUUAGCAGAACUGGUGAUCCGAGCUUUUUUUGAAAACUUGGUGCAUGCUGCUCUCUAUGAUGCAAUUUCCGACGGUGUCACAGGUAAAAAUAUAUCGCUGUUCCUCGCAGAAGUAUCGAGACAAAGCGUGAGCAUCACUGUAAAAGUGGCUGAUGUAAUCCUUCCUUGUAUUCAGAGCGAAAAUUACGACAUUCGUAAGGCGGUUAUUACAUGUCUUGCGGAGAUGAUCUUGCAGCGGUACACAACUUCAUCUCUUACUUCCAAAAAGGGACCAAACGCAACAAGUACUUGA